AUGUAUCCUGCUAGUUGUAAUCGAUUAGAAUCUUUAAGCAACGAAUUAAUACUUGAUAUUUUUGAAUAUUUUGAUGCAUAUAACUUGUAUGAAGCUUUUUAUGGAUUGAAUCAUCGUAUCAAUAGUGUUCUUCAAUCAGCUCGUUUACACAUUCUUUAUGAUCCAUCAAGUGAAAACAAAACAGGUUGGGAUACACUUAUAUCCUCUGUCAAUCCAUCGCAAAUUCGGAUAUUAUCUUGUUAUGUAGAUAUUAACAUAGAUAAUCAUUUUUUGUCUUCUGCUAAAGAAAAUCUACGGUCGAUUCGUUUACAUAACACGAGUCGACAGUCAAUGAAUAAAAUAUUUCAACACUUUGCUGGUGAUAAUCAAAUUAAACGCUUAUCUAUUACAGAACGUUCACGCUUUAUAAAACGAAAUGAUCAUUCUCUCUUUGAUCUUAUAUUAGUCGAUAAUGCUUAUCGUUUUACCUCACUUGUUAAUCUUUCAUUAUCAUGUAAUCGUUAUAGGAGUGUUUCCUCUGUUGGUUCAGUUCAAUUUUUACAGCUUCGUCAUCUAUCGAUUAUUAACUGUUGUUGGUCAACAAAUUUUCUUCAAUUUCUUCAAAAUCGACGUUGA